GGUUUCCUGGCGACGCGGCCCUGUAGGCGGCAGCAUACCCACCCGUUUUCCUUUUUCCUUUCCUGACGCGUGAGCGUGGCCAUCAUGCCUUGGUUGCUUUCGACCCCUAAGCUGGUACCCGCCGUAACAAGUGCCCGCGGCCUCUCAGGUUGCCUGUCAUGCUCCCAGCGGAAGUACUCCCUUCAUCCCCUCCCCAAGAGGAAGAUUCCAAACCGAUACUUGGGCCAGCCCAGCCCCCUUACACACCCUCACCUCCUCAGACCAGGGGAGGUGACACCAGGACUAUCCCAGGUGGAAUAUGCGCUUCGCAGACACAAGCUAAUGUGUCUGAUCCAAAAGGAAGCACAAGGGCAGAGAGGGACAGACCAAACAGUGGUUUUGCUGUCCAACCCUACCUACUAUAUGAGCAACGAUAUCCCCUAUACCUUUCACCAAGACAACAAUUUCCUGUACCUGUGUGGAUUCCAAGAGCCUGACAGCAUUCUGGUUCUUCAAAGUCUUCCUGGGAAGCAGUUACCAUCACACAAAGCUGUGCUCUUUGUGCCUCGGAGAGAUCCCAGUCGAGAACUUUGGGAUGGCCCACGAUCUGGCACCGAUGGGGCAGUAGCUCUAACUGGAGUGGACGAAGCCUAUUUCCUAGAGGAAUUUCAGCAUCUGGUACCAAAACUGAAAGCUGAGACAACUACAGUUUGGUACGACUGGAUGAGGCCCUCUCAUGCACAGCUUCACUCUGAAUACAUGCAGCCUCUGACUGAAGCCAAAGCCAGGAGCAAGAACAAAGUCCAGGCUGUCCAGCAGCUGGUGCAGCGCCUGCGGCUCAUCAAAUCUCCUGCAGAAAUUGAGCGAAUGCAGAAUGCAGGGAAGCUGACAUCACAGGCUUUCAUAGAGACCAUGUGCAUCAGGAGAGCCCCUGUGGAUGAAGCCUUUCUUUAUGCCAAGUUUGAAUUUGAAUGCCGGGCUCGUGGUGCAGACAUCUUAGCCUACCCACCUGUAGUUGCUGGCGGGAAUCGGUCUAAUACUUUGCACUAUGUGAAUAACAACCAAGUCAUCAAGGAUGGAGAAAUGGUGCUUCUGGAUGGCGGUUGUGAGUCUUCCUGCUACGUGAGUGACAUCACCCGCACCUGGCCUGUCAACGGCAGGUUCACUGCACCUCAGGCAGAGCUCUAUGAAGCUGUUCUAGAGAUCCAGCAAGCAUGUCUGACCCUCUGUUCCCCCGGGUCGAGCUUGGAGAACCUCUACAGCAUGAUGCUGACACUGAUCGGAAAGAAACUUACAGAGCUGGGGAUCAUGAAGAACAAUAAGGAAAAUGAUGCCUUCAAGGCUGCUCGAAAAUACUGCCCUCACCAUGUUGGCCACUACCUUGGGAUGGAUGUCCACGAUACUCCAGACAUGCCUCGUUCCCUCCCUCUGCAGCCUGGCAUGGUGAUCACCGUGGAGCCAGGCAUUUAUGUCCCAGAGGAUGACAGAGAUGCUCCUGAGAAAUUUCGUGGUCUUGGGGUACGAAUUGAGGACGAUGUGGUGGUGACUCAAGACUCACCCCUCAUCCUUUCUGCAGACUGUCCCAAAGAGAUGAGUGACAUUGAGCUGAUCUGCAAGAGGCCCUGCUGACCUGCAUCGCAGCCCUCCCACAUCUCAGGUUC